AUGCUCCCUUUCUCAGGUCCUUGGCGGGCACGUGAACAUCUCUUUUCUCUCCCUGCUGCUGCUUCUGCUGCAACCUCUGCUGCUGCUGCUGCUGCUGCUGCUGCAGGUUUGGCUAUGGCUGUGACUCUGCUGCUGGGGGCUCUCUACAGCCCUCUCAUUGCUUUCAGUAUUACUUCGCUGCUGUCUGCUGUGGGGCCCAGCCUCGCUUACUACCUCUUUAAAGCAGCAGGAAAACCGUUUGUGGUGCGGUUCUUCCCCAAGCAGCUUCAGCGCAUGCGUCGGUUGAUACACCCCAGACAGAGCAGCAGCAACAGCAGCAUUGAUGGCAGCACAAGCAGCAGCAAAAGCAAAAGAAGCAGCAGCAGCAGUACUCACAUGGAGGGGGAGGUGCAUGCACAGGUAGAAGCUGCCGCGCAAGACAAGCUGCUGCCGCAGCAGCAACAGCAGCAGCAGCAGCACCAGCCGAACGCUUGGGAGGCGGAGUUGGAUUUGAUGCUGACGGUGUUGUUUCUUCGUAUAUCUCCCUUCCCUAACCUCGUCAUUAAUGCCGCUUCACCCGUCUUAGAUGUCCCCUUCAGGCCUUUCUUCAUCGCCACUUGGCUCGGGCUAAUGCCAAACUCUGCCCUCUUCGGCAAGUCCUAA